AUGAAAAUCUGUGUGAUGGGAUAUCCCAUAGAGGACAAAAUUUUUUUAGAGGUCACAGAUUCUGAUGAGUUCGAGAAUAUUUUUCCUGAAAUCGAGAAAAAGGUUAAUAAGGAAUCCUUGUGGUCGCGCUAUUUGCUCUAUUCAGCUGUUAUGGGUGAAAAAGGGUCAAGGGCCCAAUCGCAACCUCUUCUUCAUCUAAUUCGGCCCGAGGAUACCCUGGCCUCACUCAAAAAAGCUGGUAAGAGGACAUAUGCUUUUGUGUUAAGACCAAUUGGGGGCUCGAAGCUUGAAAAAAACAAAUUAACAAAAGCCGCUUAUUCACCCAAUCACAUACAAAGACAGUCACUCAAACCCUCUUUUAUGUCAGAGGCUGAUUCACAAUCCUGUACAGAGGGUGGUUUCAAUUUAGAACGUCCCUCGACACUCGAAAUUCCUCAAGCAGAAUAUCAGGGAAAAAAAACUCCUAUUCGUGAUCUGGUUAAUAAAAAUGAAUCCGAACAGACUAUCAAAUGCACCUCGCAGGACGCCACAUCGGGAACAGCGCAAACAAACGGUGCCAAACCGUUAUCAGUGUCCACAGGUCUUGAAACCAUGCAGUUCUGCAGUGUGGAAGACAUGUCGAAGUUUCAAUCUUCUGGAGCACCUCCAUUGAAUUAUUGGACAAUAGUACAGGUACUGAAUGAAAAAAAUGAGAACAGUGAAGGUACGGGCCAUAUUUCUUGCAUCAAAUCGCUGCAGAUCGCAGGAUCUUUACCAGACCCUAUUCCUUCGGAUUCGAUCCCAUCUGUUUCGUCUAGGAAGACAGUGCUGAAUAUGGAAGAAACGUGUGAUGAGAUAGUUCCAAAUUCAAGCGAGAGCGACAAAGUUGCUAUUCCAUUGGAGGGACUGUUCAGAUACGGGCCGAAUAAUGUCCGAAGCUUAACUAAACGGUUGAAAGAAGAAAGCUCUUCCGAAUCAUUUAUUACCCCUCAGCCCUCGGGGUUUUUGAGUAUGGCAGGGUCUGAGCCCAGCGAACUAGCUCCACGGCAGCCAAAAGUGGACCCUAUAGUCAAUGCUGCUCCAGCGGAGGAGGAUAACAUCAACUUUUUUAUGUCACCCAUUCAGAAAAAAACAGAAAUAUCCCUUUCAACGCAGUUCCCUACUGAGAACUCUGACCGAAAUGAUGAAAAGCUUCUGUUUACGCUAAAAAGGUUAUUCUUUGCAAACUCAGAUGCAAAAGAGAGUCCUGGAAAAUUUGAAAGGACAGACAAUGUAACUGUCGAAAACAAGCCUUCUGAAAACACGGUGUUCAGUGAGAUCCCAAUCAAUAACUGGAGAAAAACACAUAAUUCAGAAGCAUCCAGUGUUUGCAUUGUUUCGGAAAAACACUGUGACCCUGCUGGUCAAAGGUGCGUUGAGGAUCUCUUUUCAAUAAACAGGGAAAAUCUUAACCGGUGUUAUUUCCAGAAAUGGCUAGCGUUCCGAGAUGAUUUCGUUAUGAACCAGACUUUUGAAAAACGGCUGGAACGCGUUAAAACACCGAAAACUCAACAAACGACACAAUACCCGCUUCGUGGCAAGGUGGAGUCACCUGAUAUAGUUUCGAAUCUAUUCGAUAACAUGCAACAGCUACAUGAUGGGAAUUCCAAUGAGAUGAAUUCGAACGAGUUUGUUGGCGCUUUCCGUUCGAUGAUCAACGCUCUGAAACAGUGCUUUAAGAACGGUGUGGCGGAGGUUGCUUUCAAUAAAACGCUUGGAUCAAGUCAGACUUUUAUUUCUCAAUGGCAACAUGAAUUGGAUUUGUGUUCAGUUCAGGACGCCUCGAAACUUUCCAACGCGAUGUACCAAGCAGCUCAUCUGCUCGAUCAGCUAGCCAAUCUUGUCAAAUUCACGCGAAAGCAAACGGCACAUCAAGAUAAAUUUAAAGGAGCGCAACAACCUACCCAGGACAAUAUGCGUCUGUUCGAAUAUUUUCAAUCCCUUUUGAAUAAAUCGGAGAGCGACAAGUGUCGAGUGUUACAAUAUCACCUAGAUAAGGCUAUUCGACGAGAGCAGCUGCUGCGAGGGGAAUUGGAACUAGCUCUGCGGAGCCACCAAACAGUAGGAUCUACCGAUCCAUUCCAAACAACAGGUUCAACUAAAAAAACUACCCAAGAUGCCAACUUGAUGCAGCGUGUGGCGUCAAUGGAGAAAAAAGAAACUGAGAUCAUUCGACUUCAUCAAUCGCUCGCAAAGGCACGGGUUGAGAUGGAACAUUUGCGCAGCUGCAAGGCGAGGCUGCGACAAAAAGAGGAGGAGGCCACUGAGCUCCAAGCCCAGCUGCGCAGGGUGCGGACCCCUCAACGGGAGCCGAUCCGGCCUUCCUCGACGCGGGCGCUUUCGUCAGGUCACAGGAGUCGGGACCCCAGCCUCCAGCGGACCCCGCGGGCCGGGAGGGAUCACCCGUCCCCCCCCAGCCCCGAGCAUUCUGUGGCCCGGGUUCUACACUCCGUCAGGGGCUCUCCGCUCCAACGGAGGCGGGGGGAAGCCCAAGAGCCCCCUCUCGUGGUCCGCCCGCGUCGGGCCACCCCAGAGCGCAGCCUCACCCCUCCCCCCCUCCCGGUGGUCAAACAAGGACUGUGCCCGAAUUGCCAGCUGGGCAAUUUGAUCGUUCUCUCAUUAAAGCCGCGCAUUGCACUGGAGGAGCAAGCGGCUUUCUGUCGAAGCUGUCGUCAAUCUUUCACCUUUGGCGAUUUGGGGGCAAAGGUCGGGAUUGUUGAACCAGUCUGA